AUGCACAAGUUAUCAAAGCACCCCACAAGAGACCUUCCUGCUACUUCAACUCAUAGCCCGCAAGCCAAAUUUACCUUUCAGCCACACUCAACCCGAAAUUCUAAGCUAAAGCCUCAAAUUCAUGCUGAAUCUGCCUCAGCUAAAAAUUUAAGUCCAAACAAAUCCACCCUCUUAUCAAAAUUUCAGCCCCGAGUUUCAACUCAGCCAAAACCCAGCAAGCAUAUCCAAGAAAUCCCAACCCUUCCUGUCUCAAAAUUCCUCCAGUCCAACUCAUCAUUAAGAAGUAAUCGCUACAAAAUCCCAGCGACAUCAGAAACUGCAUCAUUCAAUAAUUCUCUAAAUAGCUCAGCUGAAGCGAGCAAAAUACUCAAUUAUACUGCACAAAAGCCUUUAGCAGUUAAGCAGACUGCAAGCAAAAAAAUUGAUUGAGGGAUCUCUUCAGAAAGCUUACUAUGUAAAUCUCCAAGCAAAUUUGGUAUUGAAGAUAUUAUUGACAAUAACAAAAAGGCUACUACAAGGGCUAGAAGCAGCAGUAGCUCAAUGGAAGUGGAAAAAGAGGAAAAAUGGGAACAGCUUACAUUGCCGGUUGUUCCGGCAAAGGUGCUUAAGCAUUUUGUGAGGUUUUUGAGUACUCAUGAGUAUAAUGAAGUUGUGAAUUAUAAUGAAAUAUGGUUUAUUGGGGCUGGAGCUGAUAAGGUAAAAACAAGCGAAAAUAAUACGAUAAAUCAUGGUUAUGAUGACGAUAGGGGAGAUUAUAAAGUGGUUAUAGGAGAUCAUAUUGCGUAUAGAUAUGAAGUUGUGCAGGUUUUAGGAAAAGGAAGUUUUGGAAUAGUGCUGAAAGCAUAUGACCAUAAUCUGAGGAUGCAUGUUGCGCUGAAGAUUCUAGCUAUUCCUAUCGUAAGCAAGCAAAAUGUUUUUAUAAUGACCAAAAAGUCUCAUUUAUAAAAUUAGUUUAUGAAUUCAACUGCUUAAAAAUCAUUAUAAAUUGAGCAAUUAAUUUCCUUUCCAAUGUUUGCUGUUUAGGAAAGGGUUAAGGAAUAAACAAAGAUUCCACCAGCAAGGUAUCGUUGAAAUAAAAAUUUUGAAAUUUUUAAAAGAAAAAGAUACAAAUGAAAGCUACAAUAUCGUCCACAUUGCAGACUAUUUUCAAUUCAGACAUCAUCUCUGCUUAACUUUUGAGAUGCUCAGCAUAAAUCUAUACGACUUUUUAAAAGGAAAUAAUUUCCACGGGCUCAGUAUAAAUUUAAUCAAAAGAUUCGCAUUUCAGAUUCUUCAAACCCUGCGGCUGCUAAAGCGAUAUAAUAUUAUUCACUGUGACCUUAAGCCAGAAAAUAUUUUGCUUAAGCAGCCGAACCGUUCUUCUUUAAAAGUUAUUGACUUUGGCUCAUCUUGUUUUGAGGACGAAAAAAUAUACACAUAUAUCCAAAGCCGGUUCUAUAGAGCUCCAGAAAUAAUACUAGGACUUCCAUACUCGACCAUGAUUGAUAUGUGGAGUUUUGGAUGCAUUUUAGCUGAACUAUUUACUGGAUAUCCGCUGUUCUGUGGAGAAAGUGAAGCAGAACAGAUUUUGUGCAUUAUGGAAGUACUUGGGAUGCCAUCUAAAGAAGUCUUGGCAGGUGCUACAAGAAAGCAGCUGUUUUUUGAUCCUUUUGGGCAGCCAAAGAUAAUUACUAAUUCAAGAGGAAAAAAGAGGUACCCUAGUUCAAAAUCAUUGAGAGACAUUUUGAGAGGGGCAGAUAAUGAGUUUAUUGAACUAGUCGAAGCAUGCCUUGAGUGGGAUCCUAUGAAGAGGAUGACUCCUGAUGACGCAAUUAGGCACCAUUGAGUUCAAGAAAAUCUGAUAAAAAAAUCAGAUACUGUAAAUAGAGGAAAUAGUGCUCAGCAUUCAAAUGAGCCAAGGCAUGAGCAAAAACUUAGCUUGGGUGAUAUAUCAAGACUUCCAACAAGCUUUUUGAAUACUUCGGGAACUUCGACGAGGAAAAAAAAGGGCUAG